AUGUCAAUAACAACAACAACCAUACUCAUUCUCCUCAUCCUACCUCUUCUUCCUCUUCCUCUGCCUAUUAUUCUGCCUAUUCUUCUCCUUCGUCACUUUCUUCUCCAUCCCCUUCCCGUCGCCCCACUUGUUGUCACCAGACUGGCAGGGUGAGCCCGCUCACUCUGGCAGCCUGGAAUGUUCGUUCCCUUUUAGACAAUCCGAGGAGCAACCGACCGGAGCGGAAGACGGCGCUAGUCGCACGAGAACUGACGCGCUACAAGGUGGACAUCGCCGCACUCAGCGAGCCUUGACUCUCCGAACAAGGCCAACUGGAGGAGGUGGGUGCCGGCUACACCUUCUUCUGGAGCGUUCGACCCAAGGCAGAGCGACGGGACGCGGGUGUCGCCUUCGCCGUUCGGAACGACAUCGUGGGACGACUGCCCUGUUUGCCGCAGGGCAUUGACGAUCGCCUGAUGAGCCUCCGCCUGCCUCUCUGGGGAGGCAAAUUCGCCACCAUCAUCAGCGCCUACGCUCCGACGAUGACCAACCCCGACGCCGUCAGAGACAAAUUCUACGAGGACCUGCACGCCCUCUUGGCGACUGUGUCGAAGGGGGACUAG